AGAAGCUUUUCCCAUAUUCCCAUGUCUCAGGGUAGUUUUGGCACUGAAAAUUUUAUAUCAUUAGCUAUUCUUUCCUCUUAGGCAUUCACACAAACACUUCUUCAGUCCCUCUUCUCUCCUCUCUCCUCUCUCCUCUCUCCUCUCUCCUCUCUCUUCUCUCUUCUCUCUUCUCUCCUCUCUUUACUCUGUAUUCUGUAAGUAAAUGAUUCUUUGUGCUUGAGAUCACCCUGACGAUCCUUAACCCUUCUUAUUUCUCUUGUUUUCUACCAACAAAUACCUCCCAUUACUGUCAGCUGUUGAUCAUUUCUGGCCGUACCAUUAUCGAUAUAAAUGGCGAUAAGAGAUUCAAAGCUCCGAAAGAAGCUUUAGGUUUAUACCAAAAUUUAUUGAAACUCUUUCAGUCACUAUCAGUGAUGGAACCAGUCCAAAGUGAUCAAAAGACCCUUGACAACUCAACUAAUGAUGACUCACAUCCUCCUGUCCUGUCAAAAAAUGCUCAAAAGAAGCUUCUGAAGCAGCAGAGAUUUGAAGCAAUUAAGUCACAGAAGAAAGCUGCCAUUAAAGAGCAGAAGCAAAGGAAAGCAGAAGAAAAGCGUCGUGAAUGGGAGGAGAAAUUAGCAAGCAUCUCUGAAGAGGAGAAAGCAAAGCUGAUAGAGUCUCGAAGGGAGAUUAGAAGGGAGAGAAUGGAGAAAGUAUUGGAGGAGAGGGAGAAAAAAAUUGAGAGACUAACUAGAGCCAAAGAAGAAGGUCAGAAGAUCAUCAUUGAUCUUGAAUUCUCCGAUCUUAUGACAGCCAGUGAGAUUCACAGUCUUGUUCAACAGAUUAUGUAUUGUUAUGCAGUAAAUGGGAAAUCUCCUUUGCCAGGUCAUCUCUGGUUAACUGGAUGCAGGGGAGAAAUAGAGACUCAAUUGCAAAGGCUCCCAGGAUUUGACAAGUGGACAAUUGAGAAGGAGAGCAGAUCAUAUGUUGAAGCUCUGCAAGAUCAGAAGGAUAAUCUAGUUUAUCUCACAGCAGAUGCAGAAACUGUGCUCGAUGAACUUGACCCAAAGAAAAUAUACAUUAUUGGUGGCUUGGUGGAUCGGAAUAGAUGGAAAGGACUGACCCAGAAAAAGGCACAGGACCAGGGGAUCCAAACUGCAAAGUUGCCUAUUGGAAAUUACUUGAAGAUGUCAAGUUCCCAGGUACUGACUGUGAACCAGGUAGUUGAGAUACUGCUCAAAUUCGUGGAAACAAGAGAUUGGAAGACUUCCUUCUUUCAGGUGAUUCCCCAGAGAAAAAGACAUGAAGCUGAAGCAGAACUUGAAGAAGGUAACAGUGAGGAAGAUGGUUCUGGUGAGAGAAAAAAGAAGUGUACUGAGCAAUCCUCCACUGAUGACCGGAAUUUAUCAACUUGAUAUAGUGUUUGAAAACAAACCCUAAUGAUAGGAGGGAUAUUUUGAUCUGUAUGAAGAGUAGUAACCAAACAAAGAGAUAAUCUUGAUAAUGUUGUUUUCGGGAAUUCAUCUUUAUGGGAGCUUUUUGCUUGCACAAUGCA